AUGUCUGUUGAGCCGCAUGAUUUAGAGAUGAGUCUUAAUUAUUUCAUUCGAAAUGGUUUCGAGCUUCAUCCAUAUUUCUACAAUUGUACCGGUGUUGAUAGCUAUGCUUUAGGUGUUCCUCGUCCAUUCAUUGGAACAUAUUUUCUAACUGUCGGUAUAGUUCUCCUAAUGAUUUAUCUUCCAUGUCUCUUUGUAAUGGGAAGAAGUGACCUGAUGAAAUCGUCGUGUUACAAAAUAAUGUUUUAUUUGGGAAUUAUGGAUAUCUCAUGCAUAACUGUGAAUUCCGUAGCAACUGGUUGGCUCGCAAUUCAAGGCGCCACAUUUUGCUCAUAUCCCAAAUUCAUUUAUGUUAUGGGAGCAAUCGGAUGUGGAUUUUGGAUGGGUUCAUGUGCCACGUGUAUUCUUCUAGCUCUCAACCGAUGUUGUGAUAUUAAUCAAAAUUUUAAGAUUCGUAAAAUGUUUGUUGGAAAUAACAUCUACAUUGUGAUGCUUGUCCCGCUUUCUUACACUAUCUACUCAACAUUUUUCAUCAAACCAGUCGCAUUCAAUUCCAACUAUGUUAGUUGGUUUUUCAAUCCUUUCAUCCCUGGAAUGAAUGGUGAAUAUUACGUGAACAUUGCUCAUACCAUAAACAACUGUUGUGUUUCUCUAACAACUACAACACUUUACGUACUAUUGUGCUGCUCGUUGCUCCAUAAAAGUCGACAUUCUUCAUCAGAAGCUCUUUCGAAAACUCAACGACAAAUUUUCAUUCAAUCCAUCUUGAUUUGUUCAAUCAACGCUAUUGCUGCCUAUAUUUAUGUCUAUAUGCAAUUUAUUCCACCACCACCAUUUGUAGUACUUAUUGGACAACUUGCUUGGCAAUGUGCGCACGGUAAGUUCGAAUUCUACAUCAGCUCUAGAGAAGUUCAGUGUACAGUCAUUUCUUGAAUUCCGAGUAUUGGUAAAUUACACUUGAGGAUUUGAGAAUUUGGGUUUGACGCAGAAACAUUUGAAUUCUCAAAAUCGAAUCAAAUUUAAUAGAACUACAAAAAUGUACCCUAGGUGCGUUUCGUCCACGUAUAGUUUGAGAAAAUUAUUGUUUUUUUUAUUAAUUGAGAAAAAUAUACAAAAUGUUUCUCUCAUUUACCUCUCUUCACAACUGAUAAUGAUCGAAAACAAACACGUUCCAGGUUCGGUUUGCAUCGUCUACAUAACAAUGAAUCGUACAAUUCGUCGCGGUGUGUUUAAACUUUUCUGUCCCCAAAAUCUUCAAUCUCAUCUGAAUAUGAAAACCACCACUAUUACAACCGAAGUUAGACCGGUUUCAAAGGUAAUCACAAGUGUUGCGGCAACCGCAACUUCUAGCGAAGCUGUUUUCUAA